AUGGCUCCUCAGAUAUACGACAUGGUCCAGGAUGCUGAGAUGCUAUCAGAUGUCAAACAGGCCAGCGACUGGUCUUACAGUGCUGGGGCUUAUGCAGGUCCCCAUUUCCGUUUGGCCGGAGACGCAGGCUGCUUCAUCGACCCCUACUUCUCAUCCGGCGUCCACCUUGCCCUCACAUCCGGACUUUCAGCAGCCGCUACCAUCCAGGCUUCUAUACGGGGCCAGUGCAGUGAGCUCACCGCGGCCAAGUGGCACACCACCAAGGUCAACGAGGGUUACACUCGUUUCUUGCUGGUCGUCAUGACUGUCCUCAGGGAGCUGAGAGCCAAGGGAGCUGCGAUUAUCGCGGGAUCUAAGGACCAAAAUUACGACAAAGCAUUCAGUUUCAUCCAGCCUGAUGUCGAGAACCAAAACAUCCAAAAGAAAGCCGCAGAGGGCGUUGAAUUCGCCCUCGGGACCAUGAAGAAUGACAGAAAGGCUGCGGAAAAGGCCAUCCUCGACAAGGUUCAGGGAGCGCGAGACCGUGCCGAGGAGAUGGAAAGCCUUACCGAGGAAGAGCUCGCGACCCUCAGCGCCAUCGUCCACCGCAACAUUCGGUUGACCAAUAAUGAGAGGAACCUUAAUAACAUCGCCAACGAUGUCAUUGAUGGUCUCUCGCUUGAGCUGGUGCGCGGUAACUUGGGUCUCGUGGAUAAGAUUAGCGGCGAAAUGAAGCCGAAGACUGGCGAGGCUUUGUUCAUGACCUCCGAGCAGAUGGAUGCCUUGGAGCUCAAUCACACUGUCACUGUGGAGGCAUCCUAG